GAUCAGCGGAGGAAGAACCCCCUCGCCCCCCAAACCUUCCACCGGAGAGAGCAGAGUCUUGGGCUGAUUGGAUUGCACCUGGCAGGGCGUAAAACCCUCACCAGAGAGCCCGGAGGGGGGCGGGCCGGAGGGGGACGCGGGAGCCCCCAGCCACCCGCCGGUGCGCCGCGUCCGGGGCUGGGGAGGGGAGGGAAGGGAAAGGAAGGGGAAGGAAAGUUAGGCGACUCAAGUCUCCCUCCCAUUGGGGCAGCGAUCGGUGACCAUGACCGAAGCCGCGGAGCCCAACGGGGGCGCUCCGGCCCCCCAGGGACUGCCCGACGGGCCGGCGAUUCUGGCCGAGGGACCCAGUGAGGCCGGGUCCCAGGAGGGGGCGACGGGGGGCGCGGCCACGGCCCCGGGGGCCGCGGGGGAGGGCUCGGAAGCCCGGGCGGCGGCGGAGGGGGAAGGAGCCGGUGGGCCUGCACCCGGGGCCGGCCGGGAUCCCGGGGCGGCGGUGCCGGGCGCGGGCGCCGGGGCGCAGGGCGAGGCGGAGGAGGGGAGCAGCGAGGUCGGCACACCGGGCGGGACUGCGGGGGAUCCCGCAGCCCUCGGGGCGCAGCAGGAGGCGGAGCCUCAGCCGGAGGUGCCCGGGAUCCCCGCAGAGGUCCAGGGACCCGCAGGGCGCAGCGUGGAUGUGGAUGGCCAGGCACCCCCGGGGCGCAGCCUGGAUGUGGAUGGGCAGGCACCCCCAGGGGGCAGCGUGGAUGGCCAGGCACCCCCGGGGCGCAGCCUGGAUGUGGAUGGGCAGGCACCCCCAGGGGGCAGCGUGGAUGGCCAGGCACCCCCGGGGCGCAGCCUGGAUGUGGAUGGGCAGGCACCCCCAGGGGGCAGCGUGGAUGGCCAGGCACCCCCAGGGCGCAGCGUGGAUGGGCAGAACCCCCCAGGGGGCAGCAUGGAUGUGGAUGGCCAGGCACCCCCAGGGCGCAGCAUGGAUGUGGAUGGGCAGGCACCCCCGGGGCGCAGCGUGGAUGGGCAGGACGCGCAGCUAGCUGCAGGAGGGGCGCAGGGGGCGGAGGGGGCGCCCCACGGUGGAGGGGACCCCCGUUCCCAGCCACAGUCCGAGGUCCUCCUCGAGGUGGCAGAGGCUGAGUCUGGGGAGCCCCACCCGGGACAGCUUGCGGGGCUCCCCGAGGCGGGGGCGGCCCUGGGGAGCGAGGGGUGCGGGGAGGAAGCGGCUCCCGGCGAGGCCAGGGUGGACACGGGCCCGGAGAACGGGGACCGGGGCGGGGCUCCCGGGGAAGCGGAGGGGAAGGCGGAGAGGCCGGAGCUGGGCGCCCAGGGGCCCCCGGAGGAGCCCCCGGGAGACGGCCCCGAAGGGGAGGCCGGGGGCGUCCCGCUCAGCAACCACCUGGCCGAGCUGCCGGGCGCGGACGGCGGCGGGUCAGCGCCCGUGAACGGCCGCGGCGAGGGCGAGGACGGCGAGGGCCCCGAGCACGACAUCACCCUCUUCGUCAAGGCCGGCUAUGAUGGGGAGAGUAUCGGAAACUGCCCGUUCUCACAGCGUCUCUUCAUGAUCCUCUGGCUCAAAGGUGUUAUAUUUAACGUGACAACCGUGGAUCUGAAGAGGAAACCCGCAGACCUGCAGAAUCUGGCUCCUGGAACGAACCCUCCGUUUAUGACUUUUGAUGGUGAAGUCAAGACCGACGUGAAUAAGAUCGAAGAGUUCUUAGAGGAGAAGUUAGCUCCCCCCAGGUACCCUAAACUGGUGACCCAACACCCUGAAUCCAACUCUGCUGGAAAUGAUGUAUUUGCCAAAUUCUCAGCAUUUAUUAAAAAUACCAAGAAGGAUGCAAAUGACAUUCAUGAGAAGAACCUGUUACGAGCCCUGAAGAAGCUGGAUAAUUACUUGAACAGCCCUCUGCCGGAUGAAAUCGAUGCCCAGAGCACCGAGGAUGUCACUGUUUCUGGAAGGAAGUUUCUGGAUGGGAACGAGCUCACCCUGGCUGACUGCAACCUCUUGCCCAAGCUUCACAUCAUUAAGAUUGUGGCCAAGAAGUACAGAGACUUCGAAUUUCCUUCUGAAAUGACUGGCGUCUGGAGAUACUUGCACAAUGCUUACGCUCGAGAUGAGUUCACAAACACCUGCCCAGCCGACCAGGAGAUUGAGCACGCGUAUUCAGACGUUGCAAAAAGAAUGAAGUAAAGCUGGCUGCCCUUCCUUCUUGUUUCUCAUUGAGUGAGCUCGACUUCAAAAAGAGUGUUCUAUGUAUUUCUCCCAACUGACCAUCUUUUGCAAAAUAAUGUUGAUAGUGUGAUCCACAGAUACCACCACGGGGCAUGUGGCCUUUUAUAUCAGCUCACCCUGUAUCCUUGCAUACCAUAACCUUUUACACACACAGGUUUCCAGUGUGUGUGCACUUACACUUUUGGUAAGCACCAACAUCAUACGAUAUGAUAUUUAGGGCAUAUGUUUUGCAGUUAAAUUUUCAAAGCAAAUUGACCUUGGGCUCGAGUUCCUCACUUUUUCAAAUUUAAUGUUUCUUUUUUUUUUUUUUUAAGUUUUCUUUGUGCCAGUCCUGGGGCUUGAACUCAGUACUUGGGCGCUGUCCCUGAGCCUCUUUGUG